GUGGAUGCCAUUUGGGGUGCCUUGUGCUUCACCGCGGUGCUUGCCUGGCGCUUGGCGUUGGCCAAUGAGUCAACCAGUGAGGUGUUAGCGCCUGAGCUGCCAGUCUUCGAGAGUUGGGAAGACAUGCCAAAAGUCCCCACCCUCUUCGACGUGCGGCCUGUGGGGCCGCCGGUGCCGCUGUCCUUCGCCUGUUGGAUCAGCUUGUCCGUGACAGCGCUCAGCGGGAUAGCUCGCAUCCCUGUCGCCUGUUUCGGCUCCAAAAGAUCUCAGAGAUUUCGCUCCGUGCCAUCGCUCGCCGUGCCGACCUUGUGUCGUGAGCGUGAAACCAUGCUGGCACUCGAGGCAGUUGGAUUCUUUGAAAAGACCUGCAGGGUUUCUGCUGCUUUCAUGUUUGAUUUGCUGUUCCCCUGGGCUCAAGUGAUAGACCGAUCCUCUCCGCUACGGCCCGCUUUUCGACACGACGACCCCGGUAUGGCGCGGCGCUAUGACUCAAGGACCACCACUUUCUCUCCUGAGGGACGCCUCUACCAGGUGGAGUACGCCAUGGAGGCCAUCAACUUAGCCGGAUCCACGGUGGGCAUCUUGGCGGAGGAUGGCGUGAUCCUGGCGGGAGAGAAGAAGACCACUUCCAAGCUGCUGGAUCAGGCAAAGCAGCACGAGAAGCUCUUCCAAUUGGAUGAUGCCAUGUUCUGUGCCGUAGCGGGCAUCACUUCGGAUGCCAACAUCCUCAUCAACCGACUUCGGCUCACGGCCCAGCAGCACGCCUACAGCUUCUCGGAACCGAUGCCCGUGGAGCAGCUGGUUACAUCCAUCUGUGACUACAAGCAGGGCUAUACGCAGUUCGGAGGCCUUCGGCCUUUCGGAGUCUCCUUCCUGGUGGCUGGCUAUGAUGUGCACCAUGGCUUUCAGCUCUAUCACACGGACCCCUCUGGCAACUUCAGCGGAUGGAAGGGCUAUGCCAUUGGAGUGAACAACAACACGGCUAUGCAGAUCAUGCGUCAAGACUGGAAGCCAGGUGUGGGGGCCCAGGAUGGCAAGGGGCGAGCUCCGGCUGCCGGAAACCCGUGUGUAAAAUGG